CUUUUGGGGUGGUGUGUACGCUUGCGUGUAGGUCCGGACGGAGAAGUCUUCGUAUUCGCUACCGCUGUGAUAAUCCAGCAAAAGAAAGAUGAGCUUCAUCUGUGGACUGCCGUGUGCUACGAGAAACUGUGUUUUCUUUAGAUUUAAUUCACUGGCCAGUUGGAGAAAAUAUAACACAUUAAGUGUAAGCUUGCAGGGCCGUCGAGUACAAAUGAGCUAUAUAGUAAAUAAGUAUCAGGGACUGAGAGUAAGUCAGCGUGAUAGGUUUACUUUUCUGCCUGGAAACUUUCAUUUCUAUAGGACUUUUAAUAACAAAAUAACAGGGUGCCUCGAGAGUACCAAAAGUAAGGAAAUUUGGAGGAUUACCUGCAGAUGUACUUCAUGGAAUGACUCUUUCUCGAGACGGCUCCUGGUAAAAGAAGUUGUGGUACUGCCGACUUUUUCAGUAUUGUACUCUGUAAACGGUUUUCCCAUAAGAGAGAUCAGAAGUUUCCACACUUCUCCACGUUUUCAAGCUGCUCCAGUUCCUCUCUUGUUGAUCAUUCUUAAGCCUGUGCAGAAACUACUUGCAGUCAUUGUAGGCAGGGGCAUAAGGAAAUGGUGGCAGGCACUUCCUCCUAACAAGAAGGAACUAUUUAAAGAAAGUGUGAGGAAGAAUAAAUGGAAGUUAUUCCUUGGUUUGAGUAGUUUUGGAUUGCUGUUUGUAGUGUUUUAUUUUACUCACCUGGAAAUGAGCCCAGUCACAGGAAGAAGCAAGCUGCUAUUAUUGGGGAAAGAACAUUUCAGACUUUUAUCAGAACUGGAAUAUGAAGCAUGCAUGGAAGAAUUUAAAAAUGAUAUGCUAACUGAGAAAGACGCAAGAUACCUGACUGUUAAAGAAGUGGUUUGUCAUCUAAUUGAGUGCAAUAAAGAUAUCCCAGGGAUCUCUGAGAUCAGUUGGGUUUUUCAUGUGGUUGAUUCUCCAGAUAUAAAUGCUUUUGUGCUUCCAAAUGGACAGGUGUUUGUUUUCACUGGGCUUCUAAAUAGUGUAACUGAUAUUCAUCAACUUUCCUUCCUUCUGGGCCAUGAAAUAGCUCAUGCAGUACUUGGGCAUGCUGCAGAAAAGGCUAGCUUGGUUCAUUUAUUGGAUUUCCUAGGUCUGAUUUUUCUCACAAUGAUUUGGGCCAUUUGUCCUCGAGAUAGUUUGGCAAUUUUGGGCCAGUGGAUACAGUCUAAAUUGCAGGAGUUUAUGUUUGCUAGACCAUACAGUAGGACAUUGGAGGCUGAGGCUGAUGAAAUUGGACUACUGCUUGCUGCAAAGGCUUGUGUGGAUGUCAGAGCCAGUUCAGUAUUUUGGCAGCAGAUGGAGUUUGCAGAUAGACUGUAUGGUCACCCCAAGUUGCCAGAAUGGUUAUCCACACACCCUUCUCACGAAAAUCGAGCUGAGCACUUGGAUAGACUUAUACCUCAGGCUCUUAAAAUUAGAGAGAUCUGUAAUUGCCCACCACUUUCUGGACCAGACCCUCGAUUACGAUUCAAACUCAGCAUGAAGCAUUUUCUUGAAGAAUCAGAGAAAGAAGACUUAAAUAGCACUGUUAAGAAACAGAAAAUGAAUACUCUUCCCAUUCAAAAGCAGGAGCAAAUACCAUUAACGUAUAUAGUUGAGAAAAGAACUGGCAGUUGAAUUAAAGUUUAUGAGACACAGGGUAUAUGAAGAAUGCAGCAGUCCUUGUCAUCUUGUGUUACUUUUUAAAAAACGAUGUUUGAAAUGAAAAAAAAAAGAUAUUCAGGGUCAAAUCAUGUGUAUUAUAGGUAUUAAUUAUUUUACUAUGUAUUUUUAUGAAAUAUUGAUGUAUAUUUUAAUCUGUUUUAAAAUAUCUUCAAUGAGGAAAAUAUCACAGAAUAAAUUUAUAUUAUACAUUUUA